UUCUUUUUCCUAUAUCUGCAUUUUUUUUUUCCUCUUAGAAACAGCAAUGGAGAAGAAAGGGAGCAGCUCGAAGAUGAAUAUAGCCAUAAUCCAUCCCGAUCUCGGAAUUGGUGGAGCUGAAAGGCUAGUUGUUGAUGCUGCUAUGGAACUUGCUUCGUUGGGGCACAAAGUUCACAUUUUUACUGCACACCAUGAUAAAAAUCGAUGUUUUGAAGAGACUCUGUCUGGUGUCUUUGAUGUUACAGUAUAUGGUGCUUUCCUUCCCCGUCAUAUCUUCUAUCGGCUUCAUGCAGUAUGUGCAUACUUGCGGUGCAUGUUUGUUGCUCUCUCCUUGUUGCUUAUGUGGCCUUCAUUUGAUGUAAUACUAGCAGAUCAGGUCUCUGUUGUCAUUCCACUAUUGAAGUUAAAGAAGUCUGCAAAGGUUGUAUUCUACUGCCAUUUUCCAGAUCUCUUACUGGCGCAACAUACAACUGCUCUUAGGAGGAUAUAUCGGAAACCUAUUGACUUCUUAGAAGAAAUAACAACAGGAAUGGCAGAUUUGAUCCUGGUUAACAGCAGGUUUACUGCAUCUACUUUUGCGAAGACCUUCAAGAAUCUAGAUGCACGUGGGAUUAAACCAGCUGUUUUAUACCCAGCAGUCAAUGUGGAUCAGUUUGAGAAACCUAAUGUUACCAAGUUGAAUUUUCUAUCCAUCAAUCGAUUUGAGAGGAAAAAGAACAUAGAAUUGGCGAUAUCAGCCUUUGCCAUGCUUUGCACCCAUGGAAUGCAUGAUCGCCAAGGAGUUAACAUAGAUGAUGUUUCCUUGACUGUUGCAGGCAAGUUUAUUCAAGAAUGUCGAAGUAAUCUGGAAGAACUGAAAAAAGUUGGCAGAAAGAAGAAGGGUGUUUCUCAGCGGGUCAGAUUCAAAUUACAUCUUGCUCUAUGCAGAAAGAAAUGCAUGCUUGCCCAAUGCCUAUGUGUUCUUUAUACACCAAAGGAUGAGCAUUUUGGCAUUGUUCCUCUGGAAGCAAUGGCAGCCUACAAACCUGUUAUUGCCUGCAACAGUGGGGGUCCGGUGGAGUCAGUAAAGCAUGGAGUGACCGGCUUCCUCUGUGACCCUAGCCCACGGGAGUUCUCUUUGGCAAUGGCUAAUCUUAUUCAGGAUCCUCACAUGGCAGAGAAAAUGGGGCUAGAUGCUCAUGAACACGUCACUGAGUCAUUCUCUACCAAGAUAUUUGGCCAGCAUCUGAAUAGAUAUCUGGUUGAUGUUGCACGAGGUAAGAAGGAAUAGCAUCCUUUGAGGCUGCUACCUCAAAAGCAGUGGACCUAUUAGGAAGUUGUUAGAACAGUCAUAGGUUUUUGCACUUCAUUGAUUGUGAUACAGAAAUAGCUCCCAAAAUUUGGGAAGAUAUUUUUUUGUUCUUGUAAUGUUUAUGUAAAGGUAUAGAUUAUUUGUUAAAAUAGAAGGUUAUGGGUUUUUGAAUACA